UUGGGGGUUUUCAACAAAUCUUUGUUGAUCGGCGACGCUCUACAUUUGGACUUCCAUACACUUCAAACAUAAAUGAAUCGCUAAAUCCGUUUUAGGCAUUGGCUUAAGACGGCGAUAUCACAACCCAAUUGUCUCCGUGAACUGGGAACAAAGAAUCAAAUUGGAGAGAAACUUAGUCUUAUCAUGCUAACAUUUAGCAAUCAAUAGCAGACAGCCAAAACGCCAUGCCGCCAGAUUGUUUUCCCGAAAUACGGAGCUUGGGCUCAUAAAAAGGGAACAAAAUGUUUUCAUUUCCACCACUGCUUUGUCGUAAAAAAUACCAAAUAUGGAAUGAUGAAAUCAACAAAAUUCAAGUGAACAAAUCGGCUAAAGAGGAAGUCCUCGAAGAUCGGGUCGCCUGUGCCGACAUCUACGAUGUAGAUAACGAGCAUAACUAUAUCAUGACAAAGGCCUUGAAGUCGUAUAGGCUUCACCGAGAAAAGGAAAAGGCGGAAUCGAGGCAGCAGCAGUUACGUUCUGCAUACAGACGGAGGUGGCACGCGCCUGUGGUACCGAGCAAACUACGGAAAAGCUCGGCGUCACAGGUGCGACCAAAGACCGCCAAUGACGUCAUCCGUCAGGUACAGGUGGCCAAUACCGAAGAAAGAGUGUAUAGGAAACCGACGCCUAUAGAGUUGUCCAGGAUAACAAUUUCAAUGGGGGAAUCCCCAAAACAAAUAAACUACCAGCGGAGGAACAAGACGACGUGGAUGAGCCACAGUUUCCCCUCCGCUAGCUUCCUGAAUCACUAUGCAAAACUACAUCAACUGAGUCAAUCACGUGUUGAAAAUCUCCCGCCCGCGGGAAAACCCACCAAAACAAACAGACCACAGUCGGCAUAUGCGUAUGAUGGUGGAAUGUUCACUCCAACUGGACCAAAAAAUGAAAUCUACGUAAUUGAUCCCGAGUGGGUGUCAGAGGCGAUGACUAUCCAGAAGCUAAAUUUAAAUCGGCGUCCCAACACUUUGGUGACGUCUGCUUCGGAUACUUGGCCUGGACGUCGGUGUAAGAGCGCACCACCCCAAAACAGACGAAAUCCAAUAUCCUGGGACAUUGCAAAUGAACCAGAACACGUUUGAUAAUUCUUGCCCUAUAGCUUAUAAUAAAUUUUUAAUUCUGAUCCCGAAACAGUCUAAAGCAAGCAUGAAAAUGUGACAUGUUCACUGGUGGAAUUUUAUGUAUACGGAGUAAUAUCUUCAGUUUUCAACUAGUAAAUUAUGAAAGCAUUGUUCUCCUGCAUGAAUUAACUUAAGAGGCUCUGUUCCUUUAAUUGGGAAGAUUUUUUUAAUAAGUAGGUAGCUUUGUGCCCACUUUUUCUUACUGUAUGUUUGCAGCAUAGUCUUAUAUCUGUACUAAUUCUAAUACAAUGUCAUAUUGUCAAUAUAAUUAUUAAUUUUCAAAAGCAAGUCAUUCUUUAUUGUUGGUAAAAUGCAAUAAACAGCCAUACUUUUGAAGUAAGCCAUGAUAUGCUUUUUCAUUAAAGAUAACUUCAAAAUCA